AUGUACGAGGCGCACAAGGGCAUGAACCUGAAGGACGCCCACUUUGACGCCGUCGCGGGCCACUUUGUGUCGACCCUCCAGGAGCUGGGCGUUGACCAGGCGCUGAUUGACGAGGCCGUGGCCGUUGUCGAGAGCACGCGCGGCCAGGUGCUUGGCGCCGAGCAGCCCUAA